AUGGAAGCCGCCCGCCUGCUGCCCAACUUCACUCUGUGCCUGCAGCUACUGAUUCUCUGCUGUCAAACUCAGGGGGAGAAUCACCCGUCUCCUAAUUUUAACCAGUACGUGAGGGACCAGGGCGCCAUGACCGACCAGCUGAGCCGGCGGCAGAUCCGUGAGUACCAGCUCUACAGCCGGACCAGCGGCAAGCACGUGCAGGUGACCGGGCGUCGCAUCUCCGCCACCGCUGAAGACGGCAACAAGUUCGCCAAGCUCAUAGUGGAGACGGACACCUUUGGGAGCCGGGUGCGCAUCAAGGGGGCUGAGAGCGAGAAAUACAUCUGCAUGAACAAGAGGGGCAAGCUCAUCGGGAAGCCCAGCGGGAAAAGCAAAGACUGCGUGUUCACGGAGAUCGUGCUGGAGAACAACUACACGGCCUUCCAGAACGCGGGGCGCGAGGGCUGGUUCAUGGCCUUUACGCGGCAGGGCCGGCCGCGCCAGGCCUCCCGCAGCCGCCAGAACCAGCGGGAGGCCCACUUCAUCAAGCGCCUGUACGAGGGCCAGCUGCCCUUCCCCAACCAGGUCGAGCGGCAGAAGCAGUUCGAGUUCGUGGGCUCGGCCCCCACCCGCCGGACCAAGCGCACGCGGAGGCCUCAGCCCCGGACGUAGUCGGGGGCCCCCGGGGUGGCAGCUGUCCCUCCUCAGCCUUCCCGUCCCCCCCCCUUCCUGAUCCAAAGAUGGGGCUGGGUGGAGGGAGGGAGGCCGGGACCCCCAGGAGGCCCCGAGGACCAACAAGCAUCAGCGCCCAGGCUGCCCAAGCUGGACGGGCCUCGGGCCGCCUCCUGGCCCCUCCAGGGCCGCUGGCCGGGCCCCGGGGGUGUGG